CACAUGGGAAGUGACUAUGUGCAGUGACGUAUUCUAUUUAUUCAUUCAGGAUUCUUCGAUUACACGAAAAUUAUAUACUUUUGUACUAAUAUUAAUUUCUUCGACUUCAUAUAUCGUGACAUGAACACUAUAGUUGUGUUUUACAUUUAAAUAAAUACAAUAAAAGUUGACUUUUACAUGUUUUUCUAUUAUACAAACAAUGGCAAAAACUAAGGUUACUGGAGCGACUAGUAGGCUAAAACAAGAUUACCUCCGGCUGAAAAAUGAUCCUGUACCAUAUGUGACUGCGGAACCCGUUCCUUCAAACAUUCUAGAAUGGCAUUACGUUGUAAAAGGCCCUGAAAAAAGUCCAUAUGAAGGCGGAUACUAUCAUGGAAAAAUUAUAUUUCCCAGAGAAUUUCCUUUUAAGCCCCCGUCUAUCUACAUGAUUACUCCAAAUGGACGAUUCAAGACGAAUACAAAAUUGUGCCUUAGCAUUACUGAUUUCCACCCAGACACAUGGAACCCAGCUUGGUCUAUUUCUACAAUUUUGACUGGUCUACUCAGCUUUAUGCUAGAGAAAACCCCAACGUUAGGUUCCAUUGUGACAUCAGAUUACCAAAAGCGCUGUUUAGCUGCAGAAUCUCUCGAAAUUAAUCUAAAAAACAAAAUGUUUUGUGAAUUAUUUCCUGAAUAUGUAGAAGAGAUUGAACAACUACUGAAAGAAAGGCAAGAGGCAAUCCUGCAUACAGAAAACACAAAUAAUAGCAGUGGUAGUGAAGUGGUGACUGAACAACAGUCUAACAUGUACUAUAUUUUGACUAAUCUUUUUGUGCUUGUCGGUUUUGUUUUUCUUGCUUAUAUGGUCAAAUAUGUUUUAGUCUCAAUAUCUAAUGACUAAGCAAUAAAUAAUACUUUAUAUAAAUGUAAAUAAUGUAAUUAAUUAUGUACAUAUAACAUUCUUUAGAGAGAAAUUAAUCAUAUUAUUAAUGUUUACCACAUCAAAAAUUUUCUAAAAUUAGAAAUAUCUAUUUCUCUAAAUUUCUUAAAUUGCUUCACAUUAAUAUUGAUAAGCUUAUCAUUUGAAUCAAAAAAUACAAAUUAGGAAUUACCUCAACUUCAAAUAAUCAAACUAAGGAUAUUUGAGAUGGUAAGAUUUCACUUUCAACUUUUUAUGAAUGGUCAAUCAUAGUUCUAUAAAUUUCUAUCUGUUACCGUAACUUUCUCAUCUUCGUAGGUAAUAUUGUAUUUAUCUUUUAGCACUUUCAAAUAAAAUGUAGGAUUCUUCUCGUACAACACUAUAUAAAGUGAAGUAUCUUCUCACAUUUUUUUUUUUAAUAAUAUUAUGUAUAUUUAGUAUUUUUGUGUUAUUUCCUAGUUAUGUUGAUUUGUUAAGAAACUGUGAUAAAGAAACAGUCUUGGAAAACUCCUCUGUUCUUAAAAUCUAACUUAUAUUCCAUUAUUUGUGAAUUUUAUUUAAUAAUCAGACUCCAUGUUUGUCUGUCUAUGAGUUUUAUAUUUAUGCAGAAAUGUAAACAAUUGGUAAAUAGUGCUUUGUCACUAGUAUUGUCUUUGCAUUUAUAAUGUAAAUGCAUUGAAUUAUUUCAACUUGUCUGUAAACUAAAAUUGUUUUAAUUAACAAUUAUUUAGUGACAAAUAAUUAAAAUGCACCUAAGGAAAGAUAGUAUUGUGUAAUUGGCUAGU